CUUCCUUGGCUGGCCCCUCACAAUCUCUCUCCAGCUCAGACGGCAGCUGCCUGGACCACCUAGGGAAGAGGAUGGCCCUGAGCAGAGCCCUGAUCCUGGGGGUCCUCGCCCUGACCGCCAUGCUGAGCCCCUGUGGAGGUGAUGAGGACAUCGUGGCUGACCACGUCGGUGCCUAUGGUACAAGUGUCUACCAGUCUUACGAAUCCAGAGGCCAGUACACUUUUGAAUUUGAUGGAGAUGAGGAGUUCUAUGUGGACCUGCAGAAGAAGCAGACUAUCUGGAGAAUUCCUGCAUUUGCAGAAUUGACAAGUUUUGACCCACAAGGUGGACUGCAAGAAAUAGCCACAGCAAAACACAACUUGGAGAUCCUGAUUAAACGCUCCAAUUCUACCAUGGCCACCAACAAGGCUCCUGAGGUGACAGUGUUCCCCAAGUCUCCUGUGGUGCUGGGUGAGCCCAACACCCUUAUCUGCUUUGUGGACAACAUCUUUCCUCCUGUGAUCAACAUCACAUGGUUGAGCAGUGGGCACCCAGUCACGGCAGGUGUUUCUGAGACCAGCUUCCUCUCCAACCCUGACCACACCUUCCACAAGAUUGCCUACCUCACCUUCCUCCCCUCUGAUGACGAUGUUUAUGACUGCAAGGUGGAGCACUGGGGCCUGGAGGAGCCGUAUCUGAAACACUGGGAACCUGAGAUUCCAGCCCCCAUGUCAGAGCUGACAGAGACCAUGGUCUGUGCCCUGGGGUUGGCUGUGGGCCUCAUGGGCAUUGUGGUGGGCACCAUCUUCAUCAUUCAAGGCCUGCGCUCAGGUGGUGCCUCCAGACACCCAGGGCCCUUAUGAGUCACACUUCCAAAGGUCUGUUCUGUUGCAGGUACCAGCUAAGGCAGAAGUGGAUGUGCUAAAUGACCUGGAGUAUUUUGGGGCUUAGUUCAUCAUAUUCUUCCUCCAAGUGUCCUUCAUCUCACCUUCUCUCUUGGACCUCAGGCACGGUUUACCCUCAGACCUCACAUACCCCUGGAAUUCUCCCUCAUCUGAGUUUUGUUUUUGUUUUUGGCUUUCAAAUCUUAUCUAUUAUGGAAUCUCCCAGUGACCCUAAUGCAAUAGUUCCAUUGGCCCAAUAAAUCACCUUUAU